CGCGGAUUUAACCUCACCAGUAUGGGGAAAUACUGGGGUUUAAGCUUUCAAUGACCAUCAGAACGUCUUACGAUAUAACCUUUGCAACCUUAAAAUCAGCUCAUAGCUUAUUGUUGGUGAUUAUAGAUUGCAGGUUGCGGAUUACCCGUUUACAUAUUACUGGUUUGCAGGUUCACCCGUUUGCAGGUUUACCCGUUUACAGGUUCACCCGUUUACGGAUUUUACAGGUUGGAGCUUUUUACGGAUAUCGCAAAUACCGACGUGUUUAAAAAUUUAUAACAAUCUUACGUUUACUUGCUAUUACACAACAUCAAACGUGAUGGAUUUAUCAUUAUUGGAAUUCUCAAUUGAUUUUGAAGGUC